AUGGUUCAUGCCUUAGAUUUGCAGAGCUUUAUUCUCCGAGCUCGAGUGCUUAAACUUUACAGGCAAGCAUUGAAGAUAGCUCAGAGAGCUCCUCCUGAUGUCAGAGGAGAACUAAAACAGAGUAUUAGGCAAGAGAUGGAAUUGAACAGUGAGUGUAAUGACAAGCAAAAGAUCCGGUAUCUGAUUAGUGAAGGAUUAGAGAAGGUUAAAAGACUCGAUGAGAUGUUGGACAUGCAAGGCCAUUAA